AGGCACUUUCCUUGCCAUUGGAACACGUGGAGAGACGUUAGUUCUGCAUACAUUCCACAUGCACUUGUUGUAACCAAAGAUUCAACGGAUCCUAUCGCCGAAGAGCUUUGUUUUCGCCUGGGACGGUACUUUGUGAAUAGGGGUUUCUACAGCGAUGCAGAAGCUCAAUUGCGUCGUUGUGUAGCACUGCGGGAAGAGGGUAAAGAGUACGACUGGGAUGGGGAAGGUCCGAGGAGGGUCACACUCCAAGGGAGGGUAAGCGCAUAUCAGGGAAAAGCAGAUGUCGCUGAGAAGAUACUUCGGGGUCUAUUGGAGGAUAUUGAGGGAUCAUUGGGCCCAAAUAAUCCCAUCGUCCUGGACGCUUUCCUCUGCCUGGCUCUAGCGCUACGACAGCGUGGAAAGUACGAUGAAUCAGAGACGGUAAAUCGGCGAGAACUUGAGGGGCGCGAGGAGAUUCUUGGACCAGACCACCCGGAAACCCUAACAAGUGUCAACAACUUAGCCAUUGUGCUACAAUCCCAAGGAAAGUACGACGAAUCAGAGGUGAUGAAUCGGCGUGCACUGGAGGG